AUGCGAUGGCACAAAGAACACAGUGUUGACGAUGAGAAUAUGAUGAGGCAUCCACGUGACUCAGUUGGGUGGAAGGAAUUUGAUCAAGAGCAUAUCUCAUUUUCUGUUGAUGCUCGUAACGUGCGCCUUGGUCUAGCUAAUGAUGUAUUCAACCCUUUCAAUAAUAUGAGUAAACCUUAUAAUGUAUGGCCAGUAAUUCUUGUACCUUACAACCUGCCGCCAUGGUUGUGCAUGAAAGACCAGUUCUUCAUGCUAUCUCUUUUAAUUCCUGGAUCGAAGGCCCCGGGCAAUGAGAUCGAUAUGUAUUUGCGGCCACUUAUUGAUCAAUUAAUUGAUUUGUGGGAAGAUGGUGUUGAGAUGUAUGAUGCAUCGAGAAAACAAUUGUUUCAAUUACAUGCAGCAUUAUUAUGGACGAUCAAUGACUUCCCUGCAUAUGGAAAUCUUUCUGGGUGGAGCACGAAAGGGAAAUUAGCAUGUCCAACUUGUAAUGGUGAAACUGAUUCUUUGUGGUUGAAAUAUGGUCGAAAACAUUGUUACAUGAGUCAUCUUCAUUUUCUAUCUCCAGAUCAUUCUUGGAGGAAGAACAAGGCUAAUUUUAAUGGCAAUACUGAUCACAGCACACCCUGUGAAUUAUCUGGCCACGAUCUACUGAAUCAACUCGAUAAUGUUGGAGAUGUAGUAUUUGGAAAAGGUGUAAGGAAGAGAAAGCGGCGACCUGAUGAACUUAAUUGGACAAAAACCAAUAUCUUUUUCCAAUUACCUUAUUGGUCAACAUUAAAAAUUCGACAUAAUCUUGACGUCAUACAUAUUGAGAAGAACAUUUGUGACAACGUGUUAGGAACAUUGAUGAUGAUUCCAAGUAAAAUAAAAUAUUCAGUUAAUGCACGUAGGGUCUUGUUGCUUCUUGGUAUAAAGCAGGAAUUACAUUUACAAGAACAUGGACAAAAAUUGAUUAUGCCACCUGCGUGUUACACGUUGCACGGAGACGAUAGGAGAAGCGUCUGUGAGUGGCUACAAGCUGUGAAAUUCCCAUAUGGAUUUGCUGGAAAUAUUGCUAGAUGUGUUACGUUAAAUGGUUGUAAAAUAUCUGGAAUGAAGAAUCAUGACUGUCAUAUCUUCUUACAGAGACUACUUCCUGUCUUUAUUGCUGGGUACUUGCGACCUGACAUCCGAUUGGCUUUGACUGAACUAAGCACAUUUUUUAGACAGUUGUACACAUGCACAUUGGCUAUAGAUGUCUUGAAGCGUCUUGAGGAUGAUAUUUCAAUCAUUUUUUGCAAACUUGAGAUGAUACUCCCACCUGCAUUCUUUGAUGUAAUGGUACACCUAGCUAUUCAUCUACCACGUGAGGCAUUGUAUGCUGGGCUUGUCCAGUAUAGGUGGAUGUAUUCAUUUGAGAGGUAUUGGGGUAAAUUUAAGCGGUAUGUCCGAAACACGGCUCGUGCUAAAGGGUCCAUUGCUGAGGCUUACAUUCACAUUGAGUGUUUGACUUUUUGCUCCAUGUAUCUCCAUAAUGUCGAAACUAGAUAUCAUAGAGAAGAAGCAAUGGAGCAUUACAACAAAUUGAGAGAUGAAUGUGUAAUUAACAUUGACUCCGUGUACGAAAAUCAAUUUCCAUUAUGGUUCAAGGAGCACAUUAGGCAAUUGCGUAAUUCAAGCCUUGAUGAGGUGUCCGAUGAUCUUUACGCGCUAGCGUGUGGACCUGACCCAUGGGUUGCAUCAUAUACUAGUUGCAUUAUGAAUGGAACUAGGUUCCACACAAAGCACCGUGAAGAACAUCCUCUUACACAAAACAGCGGUGUGCUUGUUCCUGGGGAGAAUCAAGGUAGCCCUAUAGACUUCUACAGAGUUUUAAUGGACAUUAUUGAACUCAACUACCUAGGAUGGCGCCAUGUAUAUUUGUUCAAAUGCGAUUGGUUUGAUGUAUGUGAUAUGAGAAGAGGAAUUCGUGUUGGCAGUCACUUUACAAGUCUAGACUCAACUCGAAAAUCUUACCCGGAAGACCCUUUUGUACUUGGAUGCCAAGCAUCCCAAGUCUUUUAUUUGAAAGAUACGAGUUUAGGGAGAAAUUGGCUAGUAGUACAAAAGGUCACCACUAGGAAUGUUUAUGACAUCCCCAGCACAAUAGUUGACGAUCAAGAUGAUGAUGAGGAGGCUAAGGAAGAAGCAUACCAACAUGAAGAAUAUUCUCCACCAGCCCAUUUUGUACAUCAAGAUGAUACAUGCGUAGAUAUGCCUUUGCAUCGACUAGAUAUAGACUCGAUUGUACUUUAUGAGACAGUGAUGUUAGACCACCCCAAUCCAAUAGGGAUGGAGGAUGAGUUUCUUAGUAAAGACUCUUCCUCGGAGGAAAGUGAUUGGAAUAGUGACAACACAUCUGAGUCAAGCGGAAAGGAUGGAGACAAUCAUCAUGAAACUGACUCUAAUUAUUAA